CCUAAUUACUUCGGAAGUUCGAACCUCAGGUAUGGCCUGACAUAAGACUUUGAUAAACGGUUAAUAGCCAGUAUGUCCGUGACUUAAUGGACACGUGGAUGAUGAAGCCGGACAAUGGAUUAGAUCGGGGAACACAACGUACGGUGGAGAGCGAUUUGCGCUCAUCGCACGGUUGGAUUGAGAUGGUAGUGGAGAUAUUUUUGACUUGUUUUUUCAGGUAUGAUUUGUGUCCGAAUUCUUCACCACAGUAGGGCCCAAAUUAGGCCCGGUCCACAAGGAGAGAGCAAUAACAAACUUCAUCGAAUUCGGAAGAAUCUCGCGCGAUUUCUGAUUUGUCUCCGUUCUCCAGAUCAAAACCCCUAUUCCAAAACCCUCUGUUUCUCCGAUAACCCCAAAUUCAGAGAACCAUUACGCAAAAUUCUCCAAAAUGCAGAGCCAGAAGCGGGUAAUAUGCCCCAAAAACGAAGAGCUCGUAUCGUGAUGGUGAUACCAGUGCGCAGGAGGGGAUGCUUCGGAAGCAGUGUAUCAAUGCUAUUAGUGCCACUGCUAGUAGGAAUAUCUUCCGAUUGGUUUGAGGCAAUGACCAGUGAGUCUCAUGGCGAGGAAAUGAACUUGGUUUUCUGGAAGCAAAAGCUAUUUGCUUCAUUAUUGCUGUCACGAACUACCGACCUCCUCGAUGAGACGUAUGUCCGACUAAUAACUCAAGGGCCUCAUCAAAAUUAA